AUGACAAUUGUUCCUAUUCCAGUGCUAAAAGAUAAUUACGCGUACCUUGUUGUUGACUCGAACACUAAAGAAGCUGCUGUCGUUGACCCAGCUGAACCAAGGAAGGUUCAAUCUGUUGUUGAUGAACAUGGCGUAAAGCUCAAACACUUGAUUACUACUCAUCACCAUAUGGAUCACUCAAUUGGAAACGAAGAUUUUAUAAGGAAAUACCCGGAACUAAAAGUUUAUGGCGGUGAUGAUCGAAUCCCGGGAAUGAACCAUAAGGUUGAAGAUGGAGAGGUGUUCAAGGUUGGAGAUAUAUCCAUAAAGGCCAUAUACACUCCCGGUCAUACUACUGGAAGUUUCAGUUUUUACUUGACAGAUAAUGAGGAAACGGCCGUGUUUACUGGCGAUACACUCUUUAUCGGUGGGUGCGGUAGAUUCUUUGAAGGUACCGCCGCCGAUGUGUAUAAUUCCUUAAUCAACACGCUGGCCUCGCUGCCUCCAAGCACCAAGGUGUACUGUGGCCAUGAAUACACUGCUAGUAAUCUCAAGUUUGCUGCCUCAGUCGACCCUGACAAUCAGAUGCUCAAGGACAAAGUGAGCAUCGUCUCAAACCAACAGUACACGGUUCCAAGCACAAUCGGAGACGAAUUAAAAUUCAAUCCGUUCAUGAGAGUCCAUGAAGAGGCAAUUAAAAAAGCUACCGGGAAAAGUAAUCCAGUAGAGGUCAUGGGCAUGUUGAGGGAGAUGAAAGAUAGUUUUAGAUAA